GGCUUCAGCACAUGCGCACUCCACGUCACUACUUAGGCCCCAUUCAACCUUCUACCAUCUAAAUUCGGCCUUUUUUUCUGGUCUUCCUAGUGUGUGUAUCAAAAUAUACAGCGAUGCCAGAAAAUAUGAUAUCCUAGAGAAUCGUCCCGUGUCUUUAAAUCGUUCCAGUCUGGGAUUUCCGGGCGGAAAUUCGCGUUUAAAGAUCCGAUCGCCGGAUUGAGUUAGCAAGUGGCGGCCAUCUUGGAUGGGGCACUAAGAGAGAUCUUCCUCGGUUUUCGUCUUUGUGGACAGAUAUUCGAGGUGUCUGACAACCAUGCCAGUGCCAAGUAAUGGUAUUUACAUCAUCCAGGGGGAGAUUUCAGUUCUUGUAACAGCCAUCCGUAGGAACUCUAGAUGGACUUCACAUAGCCAUCAGGAUGAAGAUCAGGAUCCCCUUUUGAGCAAUUUUUCUGGGCUGAAAGAUGUUCUGAAUAAUGUUGCAGACCUGGGAGAGAUCGAGCCAAAUGUGUUCCUGGGACCUUUUCUGGACGUCAUACGAUCGGAGGAUACCACCGGGCCGAUAACAGGACUGGCUCUCUCCUCCGUCAACAAGUUCCUUUCUUAUGGACUCGUGGAUCCGACCAGCGAGAGCGCGUCGGCGGCCAUUGAGAACAUGGCGGACGCGGUGACCCAUGCACGGUUCGUGGGCACCGAUCCCGGCAGUGAUGAGGUGGUGUUAAUGAAGAUUUUACAGGUACUGAGAACUCUCCUCCUCACACCUGUGGGAGCCUACAUGACCAAUGAGUCGGUGUGUGAGAUCAUGCAGUCAUGUUUCCGCAUCUGCUUUGAGAUGAGGCUAAGUGAACUUUUGCGGAAAUCUGCUGAGCACACUUUGGUGGACAUGGUACAGCUACUGUUCUCAAGGUUACCACAGUUUAAAGAUGACGCCAAGGCAGGAAUUCUGGCCAACAUGAAGAAGUUGAAAAUGAGGGCUGGUGGAGUAGGUGACAUCCGAGGAAAACGUGCCAAGCGCUCCCCGCGGCCACGCCAGAAGAAACCAGUGGCAGAGAAACCUGCCGUGGAGAAGCCCACACCCGUCCCCGAGCUCCCUGCCAGCGAGGAACCCACGCCAACCCCCAGCCCCACACACUCCUCCACCACCCCCACCAACUCUGCAGCCACCACCCCCGGGGAUGUCACCCCCACCCCCUCAGUACCGGACAGCGGGGUGGAUCUGUCGGUCAGGGAGUCUGGCUCGGACGGAGAGCAGGAGGUACGAGAAAACAGCGAGGGAACGGAGGAAAAAACGGAGGAGACAGGAGUGGAAGAGAGAUUGAACGAGAGUACAGAAAGCACUGGUGAAAUGAAAAAAGCUGGUAGUGAACUUGAUUUGGGCACAGACUCGGAGAAGACUGAGUCGUUGCCAGAGAACGCUGAAGACGCAGACUCGGUGAACGAGCAGUCGGACACGGCGUCCAUCCAGGACGUACAGGACUCAGAGUACGUCAAUCCACGGGGGGUCCGCUUUACUCCACAACAGACACAGAAAGAUGGUUCUGGUCCGCCCGUCCCCUAUGGACUACCGUGUGUUCGGGAGCUGUUUAGAUUUCUCAUCUCACUUACUAACCCUUAUGACAGACACAACACUGAUGUGAUGAUCCACAUGGGUCUGUCUCUCCUGACUGUGGCCCUGGAGAGUGGAGCAGAACACAUCCCACGUUACAACUCCCUCCUCAGUCUCAUCAAGGACGACAUGUGCAAAAACCUCUUCUCACUGCUCCAUUCUGAACGGCUGAGCCUGUUCUCUGCCUCCUUACGGGUGUGUUUCCUUCUGUUUGAGUCCAUGAGGAGACAACUCAAGUUCCAGCUGGAGAUGUAUUUGACCAAGCUGAUGGACAUCAUAGUGUCAGAGUCACCAAAGAUUCCGUAUGAAAUGAGGGAACUUUCCCUAGAAGCUAUAGUACAGUUGUGGAGAAUCCCUGGGCUGGUGACAGAGCUAUACUUGAACUACGACUGUGACCUCUUCUGUAGUAACCUGUUUGAGGACCUCACCAAGCUGCUCUCAAAGAAUGCCUUCCCUGUACAUGGCCUGUACUCCACCCACCUGUUGUCGCUGGACGCUCUCCUGACCGUGAUCGAUGCCAUCGCAACGUACUGCGGAGGGAACCGGGUCGUACCGGUCUCCAAGCAGCCUGGCGGGGAGGCUGGGGAAGGGAAAGCCGCAGACACAACAGAGAAGGAUAGCACACAGGUUUCUGAAGGCCAGGAUGUGAAGAAGAGUACAGAGACAGUGGCCACCAUCCCCAGCACCCUCCCAACAACAGGCUACGCCAUGGCAGGCAAGAUGGAGGCAGGCAGACAGGAUAGGGAAGACAAGGGGGGUGACAACGGAGCCAGUAAGGUAACCAAUGGAGCGGCCGGCGUUCCACCUCAGCUGAAGUACACAGACACAAGUUCACUGCCAACACCUCAGCAACUACAGGAAGUCAAGCAGAAGAAAAGGCUGUUAGAAACAGGUACAGAGCAGUUCAACCAGAAGCCAAAGAAUGGAAUCGCCUACCUUCAGAAAAACGGCCUGAUGUCCACCCCCCUGGAUCCAGUGGAAGUGGCCACCUUCCUGCGUGAGAAUCCCAGACUAGACAAGAAGAUGAUCGCAGACUACAUCUCAGAUAGGAGAAAUAAGACCGUCAUGGAGACUUAUGUAAAGUCGUUUGACUUUGAGCACACCAGAAUAGACGAGGCCCUGCGUAUGUACCUGGAGGCCUUCCGGCUGCCAGGAGAGGCACCCGUCAUCUCCAUGUUACUGGAGGAGUUCUCAGAACACUGGCAUAACUGCAACAACAAGCCCUUUGCCAAUGCGGAUGCAGCGUUCACCCUGGCCUAUGCUGUAAUCAUGCUGAACGUUGACCAGCACAACCACAAUGUGAAGAAACAAAACAUCCCUAUGACUGUAGAGGAAUUCAAGAAAAACCUGCACAAUGUUAACGGCCAGAGGGACUUUGAUUCUGACAUGUUGGACGAGGUCUACACAGCUAUUAAAAAUGAUGAGAUUGUGAUGCCAGAUGAACAGAAAGGACAGGUGAGAGAGAACUACCUGUGGAAGAUGCUACUGAGGAGAGGGGGACGACAGGAGGGAAAAUUCACACACGCACAGGGUGGUGUGUUUGAUCUUGACCUGUUCCUGCUGAGUUGGGGUCCCAGUGUUGCUGCUCUGUCCUAUGUGUUUGACAAGAGUCUGGAUGACAGUAUCAUACAGAAGGCCAUCUCUGGCUUCAGAAAAUGUGCAAUGAUAGCUGCCUACUACCAGCUGAGUGAUGUGUUUGACAACCUGGUCAUCUCACUCUGCAAGUUCACCACACUCAUCAGUACUUCUGAGAGCCCAGAGAACCUACCCGUGGUGUUUGGGAGUAACAUCAAGUCACAAAUGGCGGCCAAGACGGUGUUCGCUCUGGCCCACCGGCACGGUGACAUCCUGCGGGAGGGCUGGAAGAACAUUCUGGACUGUAUGCUACAACUGUACAGGGCCAAACUCAUGCCUAAAGCAAUGAUAGAGGUUGAAGAUUUUGUGGAUCCCUCUGGAAGGAUAUCAUUGAUAAGGGAGGAACUCCCAUCUGCAAGAACAGACAACUCUAUCUUCAGCUCCCUGUAUCAGAUCAUCAUCCUGAACCCUGAACCUCCUGCACAGAGAGCAGCCACAGCUGAGGACCAACAGGCAACACAACAGGCUCACAACUGUAUAAAGGAAUGUCAGGUGGAACAGCUGGUGCAAGAAAGCAAGUUUCUCAGGAUGGAGUCUUUACAGGAGUUGCUCAAGGCCCUGACCUAUGCCUCCCACGGCCCGGAGACUGCAGCCUCCUUAGGAAGCCAGUUUGAUGAGGAGGCAGCUGUGUUCAACCUGGAGCUGCUGCUGAGAAUUGUCCUUCAGAACAAGGACCGUAUCAGCGCCCUGUGGCAGCCUGUACGUGACCACCUGUACAGUCUGAUCGCCAACAGUGGAGAGUUCAGUGUGCUGGUGGAGCGUGCCGUGGUCGGGCUGCUGCGUCUGGCCAUCCGGCUGCUCAGGAGGGAGGAGAUCUCAGACCAGGUGCUAUCCUCUCUCCGUGUCCUGCUGACCAUGAAGCCGUCAGUCCUGUACAAGGUGUGCCGACAGUUGUCGUACGGCCUGCACGAGCUGCUGAAGACUAACGCAGCCAACAUCCACCUAGCCAGGGACUGGGACACACUCUUCACCCUGCUGGAGUGUGUGGGAGCUGGGGCCACUCCUCCUCCAGUGGUACAGUCUGAUGUGCCCGGGGAAACCAACAAUGUGAUAGUAGAGGAGAGCACUGUGGACUCAGGUGCCCAGUCAGACAGUGAGGUGGCAGUAGAGCACGUCCACUCCAGUCUGUCAUCUGAUCGUGGCUACACGUCUGACAGUGAGCUCUACGAACCCGCCACUAAACACCACAAGAACAGCACUGAGGGGGAGGGCAUGAAACAGUCCACCAGUACAGGAUGGCUGCUGGUUGGUAAAGAUGAUGUUGACAGUAACGGCCAGAAGCCUGCUGUCCCUCCUGUAAACCAGUACGUACUGACGAUAGCAGAAGAGCUGCGUAACCACGACCCCAAGUCGCUGGCCAAGUGCUGUGAGACCCUGUCCUUCCUGGUGCGAGACGCCGCGCACGUUACUCCGGAGAAUUUCGAGUCCUGCGUGCACUGUCUCAGGGUGUUUGUGGAGGCAAGCGUCAGCGGAGCCAAACCUAAGGAAGAGAAGAAACCAAAGCCCCCGCAGAAGGAAGGAAAGAAGUUCCGUAAGAAGAAAGACCACGGGAUGAAGAAGUCCAAGUCUACACCUGCACACCUGUCUCACCUGUCUGAUGAUGAGCAGGACAACGAGGGUCCACCUGGGGGGUACCAUGAAGUGUGUCUGAAGCUGUUGGACCUGAUGCACACGCUCCACACGCGUGCAGCCGCCAUCUUUAGUGCGUGGGCGGAGGAGGAGAAGGCCCGUCGGCAGAAGGGAGGGAAGGACGUGAACGGUGUGGAGAUCGACGCAGGCACCAGCUCUCUCUGGAACAAAUGCUGGUGCCCGCUUCUGCAAGGUAUUGCCAGGUUGUGUUGUGACUCCAGACGACAGGUGCGGACAUCGGCCAUCACCUACCUACAGAGAGCCCUGCUGGUGCACGAUCUACAGACUCUGUCUGCUGUGGAGUGGGAAUCCUGCUUCAACAAGGUUCUCUUCCCCCUCCUGACUAAACUGUUGGAGAACAUCAGCCCUGAGGACACAGUAGGGAUGGAGGAGACACGCAUGCGUGUGUCGGCCCUGCUGUGUAAGGUGUUCCUACAGCACCUCGGGCCCCUGCUCUCCCUCUCCACCUUCACAGCACUCUGGCUCACCAUCCUGGACUUCAUGGACAAGUACAUGCAUGUGGACAACAGCGACCUCUUGUUUGAGGCCAUCCCUGAGUCGUUGAAGAACAUGUUACUGGUGAUGGACACAGCCAGUAUCUUCAGGGAGGACUCCACCCCGUCAGGAUACACCCAGCUGUGGUGUAUCACCUGGGAGAGGAUUGAGUGUUUCCUCCCCACACUCAGGCACGACGUGUUCAAGGAGCAUCAUAAGGAGCAGAACACAGAGAGAAGAGUGGCGUCCCCCUCACCUCCACCCCCCUCACCCCCCACAGUAGUGGAACAGCCCCAACCCAGCAGCAGUCCAGAGAAACCCCGGUCAGAGACCCCAGUGCAACCUGCAGCCAGCCCUGAACCUACGGCCAAACCUACACAAACACCCAGUAAAGAGUCUCCACAAGCAGACACUCCACCUGCCCAAGACGAAAACCCCCCACCCCUCCCCACGUUCAUCCUACAACCCCCUCUCCCUGCCGUGUACUCCCCGGGGAAGCCCAACCCCACAGACGGCCAGCCGCCCGCUGUGCCCAUCGUACUCAACCCUGAGGUCAUUCAGGGAACACCUAUCCCCAUGCUGGCUGCUCAAGAGGCACCACCCUCCGUCACAACAACUUCAAACUAACCUGCUGCACCCUCUACCAGCUUUGUACAGAACUACAGGGCCCCUCAAGAGGCACCACCCUCCGUCACAACAACUUCAAACUAACCUGCUGUAGCACCCUCUACCAGCUUUGUAAAGAACUACAGGUAUUCUCAAGAGGCACCACCGUCCGUCACAACUAACUAAACCUGCUACAUCACCCCCUGCCAGCUUUGUAAAGAACUGCAGGGCCCCUCAAGAGGCACUAUCUUCUGUCACAACAACUUCAAACUAAACCUGCAACAGCACCCCCUACCAGCUUUGUACAGAGCUGCAGGUUAUUUCAAAGUAGUAAUACCAGUAAGUCUUGCGCAGGCAAAGGUGCUUGUAGUGUAUGGCUGUGCUAAAGAGAAAUUCUGUAUGGUUACCCUGGGGAUGUACAGCCUGAAUAACUACUGACUAGUAGUCUUGAACUUAUGCACACAUUGCAGUAUCUCUUAUUUAGUAUCUACGUAGGAAUAAGUCCCCAAAUAAUUACUAUCUCUUUCUGUAUGCAUAUUUCUUCUUUUGGACGCUAACAUUACGUGAUGUAUAAACCUUUCUCGAUGUUUAAAAUUUUGGGAUGUCGUGUCAGUAUUGUUUGAUCUCUGGCUAUUGUUUUGAUGUAUUAUUAUUGUCAGGAAGGAUACAAUGUCUCUGGCAGUAGACAUUAGUACAGUUUGUUCUGGUGUUGUUACACUUGUGCCUGACAGGGUUUUCUAACCAGUAUUUAAGGUGCAAUUUCCUCUGUAUUUUUAAAAGGUUUUGUAGGAUGUCAAACAAAGUGUGUGUAGAUGGAUCCUUUAGUUGCUGUUUUACUGAGUUUAGCAUUUAUGAAUGGGUGUACAUGAUGAUGAAUUAUUCAGCAUGUGAGUAAAGAUUACAAAGACUGGCCUUGGCCACUUGUGCAAUGAGAUAAUAUAUAUAAAACGUUUUUGGCAGCACCACGAGGGAGGAGCCGUUUAAGCAUUUCCCCCAACCUCCAUUUACAGAUGUGGAAAGAAAAUGCACUACAGUCUGAAAUAAAGUGCACAAGUUUAUACUUUUUUGCUUGAUAAAGUGGAGGUUUUCACCUUCUUCAAGUAUACAUGUAUAUGAUCAGAUAUGGGAAUGUAUUAUGAUGUAACAGAUGCUGCUUGUCCAACUGUAUUGUAACAACAGCUGUACAUUACACAUCAGUAGUUAGGAUGUACACAAGGGACAGUAUUUGUACUGUUGUUUAAUUUGAGUGUUAUUAAAGACCAGUCAGAAAUUUUCAAAGAAGAUGUACAUACGUGUACAGAAUAUUUAUGAUUUUUGAAGAGAUGCAUUUUUUUGUCUCGCAACACGAUGACAGUAUGUAUCCAGGAGCCUCCAUGAGUUAAAAGUUGAACUAUCCUGUCACUGCAUGGAAACUGUUGUAUAGGUGUCAUCAGUGUAAUGUUACUACCAUGGAAAUAAAGAAAUGAAACAGAA